AUGAAGUUCCUAUUAGCUCUCCUCUCGGCGAUCUGCCUCUUCCAAAUGGCUUCUGCCGCUGCUAUCUCUCGUCGAGCACCAGGAUUCGUCCAGACUGACGGGACGUAUUUCUCGCUCGAUGGCUAUAAAUACACCGUUGUGGGAGCCAAUGCGUAUUGGAUUAGCCAGGCGGGUCUCAGUGACGCCGACAUGGACAAGUCCUUCGCAGAUAUUGCCAGUAUGGGAGCAACCACCGUUCGCGUCUGGGGAUUCAACGAGAUGGCUGAAGAGCACAUCGCUGAAAAUGGCAUUUACUAUCAACUCUGGCGCGGAAACAAGGCUGUAGUGAACUACAGCGCCAGCGGCUUGGGAUACUUCGACCGUGUCAUUGCCAGUGCUCGCAAGCACAACCUCCGUCUGAUCGUUGUCCUUACUAGCAACUAUAACCUAGAUUGGGUUGUCGGCGGUGCUGGUACCUACAUGGAUCAGGUCCUUGGCCCGAACCGCCGCCAGACCAACGAUGCAUUCUUCACUCACCCCGAGAUCAAGGAUAUCUUCAAGAACUAUGUUAGUGCCAUCGUAAGCAGGUAUAAGGACGAGAAGACCAUCAUGUCCUGGGAACUCGGGCACCAGUUGAAGUGCGCGGUGUCUUGGAACCCCAGGAAUCCCCAAUGCAACCCAGAAAUCAUUACCGAAUGGAUCAAGGAGAUGUCCUCUCACAUCAAGUCCAUCGAUUCCAACCACCUCGUGGCUGUUGGAGACGAAGGCUUCUUCAACAGGCCUAACAGCAACGGCCGCUACGUCUACACUGGCAGGGAUGGAAUGGAUUUCGAGGCUAACUCUGCUCUCAACACCAUCGAUUACGCUACUUUCGCAUACCGCCCCGCCUCUUAUGAGAUGCCGACUCAUUCCAAGGAGCCAUUGGAAUGGAUCGAUGCUCACGGAAAGUCUCAGGAGCGCCUCCAGAAGCCCGUCCUCUUGGUCGAUCUGGGAAGUGAAAUCCGCCCUCACUGGCUUGACCAAAUCGUCGAGUCCGGAAUUGCCGGAACACUCUACUGGCAAGCCGGAACCGAAGGCAUUAAGCUCAACAUGCCAUACUGGUUCAGGGGCGACUACAUUAGCCUCUCCUCUGACAUCGCCAAGGAUAUCAAGAAGCACUUCGAGGCUCUCAAGAGGCGACCAUGA